AUGUAUAAUGCUGUCGCUUGUACAGCUCAGCUGUGAACAUGUGCGAGCGAGCUCAGUUUUUAAAGCCAUUGUUUAAUCUUGUUAUUUAAAGUAAUUAGUGUGAAUGCAUAAAUAGUUAAAAAUACCAUUCUUAACAGAAGAUUCUAGUGGGUGAUUCAUAGAGUUUAAAAAAGGGGGGCGUUAAUCCAGCUCUAGUAAAUAUUUAUCAUGUGCUGAUGUAUGCAAGUGUUGAUCGAUUUAGGUCCUGACGUUAAAAAUUGUCAUUUUAUCAAAACGUGAAUGAUGAAUUGAAUUUUUAACACUUCUGUAACAUUUAAUACUAACAAAAAUAGUGGUUCUUGAACGAGUCGCAAUAUUUAUUGAGCUGUCAAAAAUUUCUUGCCAUUUUUGACAAAAAGUAACCGACAACCGGCUAUUGACAACUAUAAAAAUAAUAACUAUGGCUGGACAAACAAUCAACGACAGAUUACUCGCCGCUAGACAUAGUAUUGCUGGCCAAGGUCUUGCAAAAGCUGUUUGCAAAGCUACCACAGAGGAAAUGAUAGGUCCUAAAAAGAAACACUUAGACUAUCUAAUUCAUUGUACGAAUGAACCUAAUGUUUCAAUACCACAGCUAGCUAAUCUUCUUGUUGAGCGAUCACAAAAUACCAAUUGGACCGUUGUUUUUAAAGCACUCAUCACUGUACAUCAUUUACUUUGUUAUGGAAAUGAGAGAUUUACGCAGUACCUAGCUUCAAGUAACAGUACUUUUCAGCUUAAUAACUUUUUAGAUAAAAGUGGUGUUCAAGAAUGUUGGGAUCGAUAAAGGUGAUAUACCAGAUCUUACAAAGGCUCCAAGCAGUUUAUUAGAUGCGUUAGAGCAACAUCUUGCUUCACUCGAAGGAAAAAAAGGUUCUGCCGCAAGCACACCUACACAGUCUGCGAACAACAGAACGAAUGUAAAGACAGGGGUGUCUGCACUAUCUUCCACCAGUACAGCGUUUGGGACUGCAGCAAACAAUACCAAUCUAGAUCAGUCUGGUAGUGGUCAAAUAGAUGAAGCUUUAAGGCAGCAAGCUCUUGCUGAAGAAGAAGCUGUCCUGAAUCAAUAUAAAGCCAAAAUACAAUCACCAUCUGGAGCUCCGAGCACAAACCCUUUCCUCAGCUCACCUAUUAAUAGUGGUAAUGAAGUCAUAGUGGAUUUAUUCAAUUCUGCGUUAACUACAAAUUCACAGGUUCAAAAGGCUUCGGAUGAUUUACUUCAACUCGCUGGGAAUCCAUUUGCAGAUAUGUUCGCUUCAUCAGAGACAGCACCCGUUGUAUCAAGUAAUGUUUCACCCAAUAAAUGGAUAAUCAAUGGUUUCAUGGUACCAGUUCUUCCAGCAAGUAAUAAAUUUGUUACAGAUAACAAUUUUUCAACGGCGUUUGAGAAUCAUGAUCAGCAAACAACUGCCAUCCAAGAUUUAGCUGGAUCUAUACCAAACCCUUUUAUGGCGAACUUUUCUACCCUCCCAUCUCAAACUGGGACUACUGCAAAUUCUGAUUUAUUUAAUCUACACAAUAUAACCGAAAACAGUGCUACGGAAAAUAAUCACAAUAGUGUCAUUGGUUCUACUAUGUUAGAUGAUGCAAGUAAAAGGAAACAAACAAGUGAGAUCAAUUUUUCUAAUGUUUCCGCUACUCCACCACCACGACCGCCACUUCCAUCAGCGAGUACAAAUAUUAUACCAAGUUCUGAAUUACCAACUGUCACUGGAGGAUCGACCAACCAAAUCAAUUCAACUAAUAAUGUCACUAAGAGUGCAUAUGAUGAUUUAAAUGAUCAAAUUCGCAUUGCUUUAUGUGGUUCUUCAUCUCGUCAAGCAUCCACUGAGUUGCAAUCUUAUGUUCAACCAACGCAAUCACAAGAUCAGUACCAUCAAAGUAACAUAAUCACUAAUGCAGGAACUACAAGGAUAGUUGGGCAACAAAUUAUUGAUACCAUAUCUAUUUCAAGUAACAUUCCUAUUCAGAGCUCAGCUUUCAUAGGAAGCAACUCUCUCUUAAAACAUCCUAAUGCAGCUGCGAGUCAAUCCACCAAUAUGUUGGGGUCUAAUGUUCUUACUGGUGAUUUAGAUAGUAGUUUAGCAAGCCUCGCUCAAAAUUUAAGCAUCAAUAAAAGUUCUCAGCAACAGGUUAAGUAAGUAUUCAAUUAACUACAAAAAAGUUA